AUCGAAACACAAAACCUUCAGGCCCACAGGGAUGAGUUCUAAAGCUUACUUGCUAGUGUUGUUCCUCGGAGUGGUGGUUCUUCUCACCACUCCGGCCUCCUUUGCCGAUCACCAUGAGCCUCCCAAAAAGGAACAUAAGCCUCCCAUUCAUAAGCCUCCUUCUGCUGAAAGGAAGUUGGCUGCUGCAGUGGAGGAUGGCAAGCCUAAGCCACCUCCUAAACACAAGCCUCCAACACCACAAGACAACGACGAUCACAAGCCAUUCCCAGAACACGAGCCGCCUAAAGGUAAGGGAGAGGAGCCACCCCAUGAGCACAAGCCUCCCCACAGGCGCUUGUUGUCAGAGGAAAAUGUAAAUGUUGCUGAGGAUUUGUACAAGCAUGAGCCAUCAAAGGGCAAGGGAGAGAAGCCUGAACACGAGCACAAGCCGCCUCAUGAGCACCACCCUGGACACAUGCUUGCAGAAGAAGUGGACGAGGAUUCUCACAAACAUCCAUUUGGUAAGCCACCAAAGGGCAAGGGAGAGAAGAAGCCUCCACACCACCCUGGACACAUGCUCGCAGAGGAAGUUGAGGAGGAGGAUGAACAUAAACACCCAUUUGGCAAACCACCAAAGGGAAAGGGAGAGAAGCCUCCCCACCAUCCAGGACACAUGUUAGCAGAGGAAUUCGAGGAUGAGGAGGACUCACACAAGCACCCAUUUGGCAAACCACCAAAGGGUAAGGGAGAGAAGCCUCCGCACCACGGACACAUGCUCGCAGAGGGAGUAGAGGAGGAGGACUCACACAAACACCCAUUUGGAAAGCCACCAAAGGGCAAGGGAGAAAAACCCCCACACCACCCAGGACACAUGCUGGCCGAGGAAGUUGAGGAAGAAGACUCACACAAACACCCAUUUGGCAAACCACCAAAGGGCAAGGGAGAGAAGCCUCCACACCACGGACACAUGCUUGCAGAGGAAGUAGAGGAAGACUCACACGAACACCCAUAUGGAAAGCCACCAAGGGGCAAGGGAGAGAAGAAGCCCCCACACCACCCUGGACACAUGCUAGCAGAGGAAGUUGAGGAGGACUCACAGAAGCCACCACGCAAGUUGAAACCAUCUUUCCCACCACACAAGCCUCCACACGGCAACUAAUUAAGUGCAUGCAUGCAUAUGCCUCUCUUUAAUAUAUGCCAAGCCUUAACUUAGUUUAUUGUAAAAAUAAAAGCUGGCAAUAUCCUUCGUUUCGUGUAUGAACCAUGUAGCCUGAGACUUGUUGGUUGCAACUGGGUUGAGUCCAUGUAGCCCAACCCAUGCAUGCAUGAUGAUGGAUUUGUAGUGUGUUUUCUUUCUUCAUGUUCUAUGUAUGGUAUGUACUUUUCUGAUACGGUACUCUUUUAGUCUCUUUGGUUGAUUAAGUCAAAACUUUUUAUUUUCGCCGCAUAAUGAAAUUCGUUGGAAACA